ACAGAGGAAGUCAAAAUAAUUUUAGUGGGUUUGGGGUUUUGAUAUUACUGAGCCAUGCCUUCUUUCUUGCAGUGCUGGUUCAAUUGUUAGAACUUAGAAGAAUGAGAGAAUUUAGAGAGAGAAAGCUUUAAUGUUAUAAGAAACUUUAAUGGACAUCAGUGAAUGGGUGGGUUUAGAGAGAGAAGAAUGAGACGAGGGUAGGUGAAAGAAGAGAGAAGAAUUGGAUCGAACCCAUAUGAGAUUGGAUCAAGAUAUAAAAGAGUUGGGGGGAUAAAGUGGGCAUUGGCAGUGGGAUACUGCGAUUGGAAGGUAUUGGAAGGGAUACUGCGAUUGGAAGGGAUGGUUGUGGUUAUCAAAUAGAGAGAAAGAGAAGAAGAGCAUAUUCCUUAGAGUACAUCCUUUAGAGACAGAGAGCGGAGGAGAAGAGAUAUGGAGUUGUGGACUUGCGAUUUGUGGGGUGUUUUUUAUGCAUUGCAGGGUUUUUUUUCCCCUCGUGAUUGAUUUGGAGAAGAGAUGAGGCGAUUCGUGGCUUGGUAGUUAUGCUUUGUCGAGGGAAAACCAGGAGGAGCGAUAAGAAAAGAGAGGAAUGGUUUCGGGAAAACCAGGAACAAAGAUAAGAAGAGAGAGGAGUGGUUGGGGAUCGGAUUAACUGUCCAUUCUCUCUCUAGCUAGAGACACAAAACAGUGAGCUCUGUAUAGAGAGAGGGGGAAAGAACAGGGACGUAAUGGGCACGAGAUGGAGAGUGAGAGGGGCAAUGAGUAGGAGAGAGAAAGCAUGUUUUUUUUAAAUUUGUUUGACCUAAAAAAAAUUUAAAUUAGCUGGUUUAAAUUACCUCAAGGGAUUAGAAGAGAUAAAAUUUACAAUUUUUAUACCUUAACAUGUCUUUCAAAACUUUGGAUCCAUUGCAAAAUGAAACCUAAAAAUAAAAGGUAUAUAGAUAUUUUCUUUCUUUUUUUUCUUACAAGAAAAGUUAAAAAAAAAUGACCGGUCUAAUGGGACUUUCUGGGCUAGGCCUAAUUUGUCAAUGGGGUUUCAAAUUUCAUAAAAAAAAAAAAUAGCAAUUUUUUUUUUUUACAAGUCAAGACAAAGAUUAAAAUAAAAAAAUAAAAAAAAUUGUCGGGCCUGAGUUGGGCCUGGCCAGGCGCAAUAGGUUUGAUGGGCCUUCCUUGGCCAAGCCUUAUUUGUCUACAGGGGUUUUAUAUUUUCUAAAAAAAUUAAAUUAAAAAAAAAAAAGAUCAGGCCUGAUAUUCUCCCGACCAGCCCUGGCUCAUGCCUUAUUUGUCAAAGGGGUUUUAAUUUUUUUAAAAAAAAACUAUUAACAAAUUUUUUCCUUACAAGACAAGUUUGAAGAGAAGUAUUUAAAAAAAAAAGAAAAGACCAGGCUUGAGUUGGUCCAGGCCCAAUAAGCUUAAUGGGCCUUUCUAAGCCUUAUUUGUCAAUAGGGGUUUUAAAUUUUCUAAAAAAUAAAACAGAGGCUUGAAUUGGGCAGGGCCAGGCCUAUAGGUAUAACGGGCCUUUUUUGUGUCGGGUUGGGCUCUAUAUAAAGAUUUUGGCCCUAACGGGCCAUGUCGGGCGUGGGCCUAUGAGCUUUUUCCGCGCUGUUGUGGACUGGGCCUUGACAGGUCUAUUUAAGGGUCGGGUCUAGACAAUCCCGGGCUUCCUCAGGGCCGGGCCGGUCCCGUUGGCAGCCCUAAAUCCUGCUGACACGACACCUUCAUAAAAGCUAACUAGGCAGGUCUUCCCCCCACUGAAUGACCUAAAAAAACCCAAAAUCCCUUUUUUUCUUUCGUAAAAGUCAUCAUUUAAGGAUUCAUAUGCACACCCCAAAUUUUCAUAUCGAAAAAUCAUCCCACAUAAGUAUUUGAGGGAGUAAGUGUACAAAAUGCUACUGUUGGAGCAUAAUAUACACUCAAAGUUAUAAAAUAUGUACCUGCAACACUAGCUCCUAAGGUCUCUUCUUUCGUUUCCUUUCUUUUCCUUCAAGUUUUGAAUUCAAAACUCUUUUUGUUUUCAACACCUUAGGGUUUACACUGAAUAUUACAUUCCAAGAAGAAACAAAACCAUGUCAGUCCUUGUAGUGUGGACCACCAUGACAUAGGCUAAGGAAAAGUACAACAUACAUGUGCAUGGAAUACCAUUACGAGCUAACAUCCACCGUUUAUCUCCAAUGGUGGACGGCGGAGAUGAAUCAUAUUUCCGUCAGAUUUUUGCAAUCUUUAGUCAUUGUAGUGACGAUCUCAAUUUGAUUAAAAUAUCGACCCAGACUUGCCAAAGUCACUCGGCCCCGGCCGGGCGGCAUCAAAUCCAGAUGAAUAAUCCAAAAACCGUCAAAAUUUCACACUUAUAUUUGUUAUUAACACUCAGGCGGAUCGGGCAGUUCCACUCAGCAGACUUGGAAUCUAACUCGGGCUCAGGACCCCAGCUAAUUCCUGUUGAAAUCCAGGUUGUCACACAUUGUUCUUACUCUACCAUUCAUCGUUUAUGAUGGACGGUGGAUACCUUGACAGUCCAUGGUAUUUAUGGAUGUGCGCAUGGUACUACUUUCCCUGCAUAUACUACGUACGAGAUGAAAGCACUGUUUUCCUUAUUAAUGUCUCACUGGAGAUUUGAGGUAAGCAUCUUUCUUCUCAAAUUAUAACACAUAUGGAGCUCACCUCUAGAAUACCAAUUUCAAUUCCUAUUGGUGUUGUCAUGGUCUUUGUGUUUUGCAUGAAAAGGUGUUCUAGAUGUACAAUCCACCUUCUCCCAUGUUUCGAGUGAUGAAUUCUCUCUCUACAAAUUCAAGAGUGAGAUAAUUGUGGAUCCCUAUGGGUCACUGAGUUCAUGGAACACAAGUGCUCCCUUGUGCAAUUGGAAAGGAAUCACAUGUGAUGGCCAAAACAAGAGAGUCACAACGUUAGAGCUUCUCAACUUGCAGUGGCACGAUCAGUCCUCAUAUUCGUAAUCUAUCCUCCCUAAUCAUCCUCAUCCUCAACCUCGAAAGGAGCAGAUUAUUCAAAAACAUUCUUACAGAGAUUGGUCGUUUAUCUCUCUUGAAGAAUCUCAUGGCGAGUGCAAAUAAGAUUAGUGGAAUCAUCCCACCUUCAUUUGGAAACCUCUCGUCCUUGGUCUAUAUUGAUUUGUGCGAAAAUUCCCCAUCACGGAGUAUAUCUAAGGAACUUGCCCAUUUGAAAAUUUGGAGUCUUUAUUUCUUAGUAGAAAUAAUUUAAACAGUAGUAUUCCUAGCUCCAUCUACAACAUAUCAUCGAAUUUUGGAGCUUCAGGUAACAGAUUGGUAGGAACCAUCCCAAACUAUGUAUGUAACCUUGUUAACUUGACGUAUUUGAAUUUGGCCAACAAUUACUUGGAAGGAAGAUUCCUGUAGAAAUUGGGCAUCUUCAACAAUUAAAAUCAUUUGAUUUGCCGAGAAAGAGUUUCUACGGAGAAAUCCCGUUUAGCAUUGGAAAUUGUUCAAGCCUCCACGAGUUCUACCUUUUUCAAAACAAGAUAAGUGGUUCCAUACCAGCACCAAUUCUUACCACUCAUCUUGCUGACAUAGAUCUCUCAGGCAACAUGUUAAUUGGUGCUAUUCUAACGAACAUUUCGACCACAUUCCAAGGUAUUCGCAUGGCUAGGAACACAUUGGAAGGUUCAAAUCCCAUGUUUCUAAGUCCCAAGGAAAAUCUUAAGAUUUUAGAUAUCUCUUCUAAUAAUUUACAAAGACAGAUUCCACAUAAUUCAAGCAAUUGGGGCCCUAAAUAUAUCUAGGAACCAUACUUUGGGAUAUUUUCCAGGUUAUUUACAAGAUCUUCCACACCUUAAGAGCUUAGAUGUGUCAUUUAAUGAUCUUGAAGGGAAGAUUCCAUAUAAAGGGAUAUUCAUGAGUCCUACUUUGGUUCAUGUUCAAGGCAACAGCAAGCUUUGUGGGGGUACAAGAGCUAUGACCCUGCCUGCCUGCCCAACCACACAAGGCAAUAACAUGCUUUGUGGAGCUACGAGUGCCAUGGUGAAUUUAACUGCCUGCACCAACCAUAGUUCUCAAGAAGGAUGAAAACUUCUAUCUAAGAAAACAAUCAUCAUGCCCAUAAUCUUGUCCAUCUUAGCAAUUCUGUCAUGCACAAUUUUAGUGUUGGAGUUAAGAAAAAAGAAAUCAGAAGGUGGCAUCACUUUGACAGCACCAGUGACGAGGGAAUACAAAAAACUUUCAUAUGAUGAGCUCUUUAUCGCAACUGAUGGUUACAAUGCAGUAAAUUUGAUUAGUUUUGGAAGUUUUGGUUCAGUCUACAUGGGCACUCUUGGCAAGGGAAAUGUUGUUGCCGUUAAAGUCCUCCACCUAAAAUGCAAUAGAGACCUCAAGAGUUUCACAGCUGAAUGUAAAGCCUUAAGUAACAUUCGACACAUAAAUCUUGUCAAGUUUAUCACUUGUUGCUCAAGUCGUGGUCUCAUUGGUAAUGAUUUCAAAGCCUUAGUGUUUGAAUUCAUGCCAAAUGGGAGCUUGGAUAUGUGGUUGCAUCCUUCAACGCACUCGAAUUCUCUAAAUUUGAACUUCUUACAGAAGUUGAGUAUAGGUAUUGAUGAGGCCUCUACAAUAGACUACCUGCACCAUGAUUGUGCAACACGUACUUUGCAUUGUGAUCUAAAGCCUGGUAAUAUUCUUCUCGAUCAAAACAUGGUUGCAAAUGUAGGAGACUUUGGGUUGGCGAGAUUACUCUCUCCAAUUGAUCAAGAGAACCAAAGUAGCACACUCGGGACUAAAAGGAUCCACAGGUUACAUCCCUCCAGAACUAAGCAAGUCACUCUCAACCAGGCCAAUUCCCAAUUUCGGAUAACAUUCCUUGAUAUCCACCAAUUAUCGAGUCCAAUGGGCAAUACUGAUCAGGUUAGGUGAUUUUGAAAUCAUUGAUACAAACUAAUCACAAUUGGUGCUGAGUAUGUCUUUGGUGCUAAAGCAUCAACAAAGGGAGACGGCUACAGCUUUGGAAUCAUGAUGUUGGAAAUGUUUACCGGAAACAAGCACAUAAAUUACAUGUUCACAAAUGGACUAAGCCUUCAUGAAUAUGUAAGCAAGUCGUAUCCUCAUCAAGUGGUUAAAAUUGUUCAAUACAAUUACCAAAAGACAGGAUGAAUAUGAGAGAUGUCCUCGAAAAUUUGCAUGAUAUCAAAAAAUCAGCUCAUGAGUCAUGUCUUAAAACAGAGAGGAGGGGCAUCAUUUGAUGUGCAUUUUGUUAAUCUCUCUCUCUCUCUAUCUCUUUCUCUCUCUCUCUCU